AUGCAAGCUGGACCUGCUGCACAAAUUGUUCACAACGAAAUAGCACUUGAUACAAUUUCAUUUUCAAUUUUAUUUGUCUUUGUACUAACUCAUUCUCUAUGUUUGCUUUUGUUUAUUCCAGAUAACAAUUUCAUUUGUGACUGUCGUUUGCAAUGGCUGUAUGAAUUGAAAAAUCGCACUCGUUACCAGCAGUUGCGUGACUCUUUGGAUGAUUUUAUUUGCACCUUGCAAGAACCGCGUCUGCACAAUUUUAUUGAACCCGUACCCAGCCAUGUUCUGCAACUGCUCAAUGUGGGCGGAUUGAGUUCGGCUACCAGUUCGGAUCAGUAUGUUUCCACCAGUGGUGUGGCAAACAAGAAACGUCAAAGCAAAAAUCGCCAAGGAUCCCAACGAAGGGCCAACAAUAAAUUUGAUGGACAGUUACAAUUAACCGAGGAUGUGGAACAGCAUAUGCAUGUAGAGAACUCUGCCUCACUGAAGAAGAAACGGGCUCUAACAUUGUCCCAAUACCAGGGCAUUGGCGCCGUUGAGGUGGGUAAUGCCGGUGAAGCCAACAGCAAAACUACCGUUGAAAGCCAUUACAUAUUUGGUGGCCCGGACAGCAGUAGCAAUGGUGACAUGCAUAAUGAUUAUUUCGAGGCCGGAAAUGCUGGCCGUGUUGCCACUCACCCAUUAAAGGUGGAAGACGAUUUGGAAUUGUUGAAACACAAUGCCCUGUUCCAGCAAAAUAAUGAAAUUCUAUCAGCCAGCCACAGCAAUCUCCUGGAUGCCGUGGAGGUAGUGCCAAAACAGCCAUUGGGCAUUCAGGUGCGUCUCUUCAUGUUAAGAUCGGAUCGUUUGCCGUGUCACGAAGUAUUGAGUGAUCCCACAGAAUUGCCGUUAUCGCGAGAUCUAAUGGAUGCCCGAAGCAGUAAUGUCCAAGUCCUGACACCAGUCAAUGCCGCUGAAAAAUCAUGUCAUGUCCAUAGUAUUUUACUGCUGAUAUUAGCCAUAAUGUAUGGUACACAAGUCGGUUAA